CCGCAGCAGCCGAGCCGCGGCCUCCGCCGGCGUCGCCGCCAUUAGACAAUAGGAGCGGGCGGGCGGGCGGCGGGCGGGCGGCGGGCGGGGCGCGGGGCGCGCCGGGGCCGGGCGCGGGAGGGGGCGCAGCGAGCGGCCCCCGGAGCUGCCGAUAGGCGCCGGGACAAAGGCGCGGCCGCCCGGCGCCCCGAACAGCCUGAGUCGGGGCGCGCAGUCGGGGCGCAACCCGCGCCCCCCGCCGCGACUGACAUGAUGUUUCCACAAAGCAGGCAUUCGGGCUCCUCGCACCUCCCCCAGCAGCUCAAGUUCACCACCUCCGACUCCUGUGACCGCAUCAAGGACGAGUUCCAGCUGUUGCAGGCUCAGUACCACAGCCUGAAGCUGGAGUGUGACAAGCUGGCCAGCGAGAAGUCGGAGAUGCAGCGACACUAUGUCAUGUACUAUGAGAUGUCCUAUGGCUUGAACAUCGAGAUGCACAAACAGGCGGAAAUCGUGAAGCGGCUCAAUGGGAUCUGUGCCCAGGUCCUUCCUUACCUGUCCCAGGAGCACCAGCAGCAGGUUCUGGGAGCCAUUGAGAGGGCCAAGCAGGUCACCGCUCCGGAGCUGAACUCCAUUAUCCGACAGCAGCUGCAGGCACACCAGCUGUCCCAGCUGCAGGCCCUGGCGCUGCCCUUGACGCCACUGCCCGUGGGGCUGCAGCCGCCGUCGCUGCCAGCUGUGAGCGCGGGCACUGGGCUGCUGUCGCUGUCGGCACUGGGCUCGCAGGCGCAUCUCUCCAAGGAGGACAAGAACGGCCAUGACGGCGACGCCCACCAGGAGGAUGACGGCGACAAAUCCGACUAGCGGGCAGGGGCGGGGUCAGGGGAGGGGAGCACGGGCAUGCGGGGAAACUGAGGCAGGGGCGCAGGGAGCGGGGCUAGCUCUGAAGGGCUCCCAUCUCCGGUUUCGUAUUUAUGGUCGUUGUCAUGGUCCAUGUUCACGUGGCACCCCAGUUCCCCCCCGCCCAGCUCUCCCACUUGCCUCCCCCCUGAGGACCACCUGGCCAGGUGAGGGGAGCCCAUUGGCAAGGCAGGGGUCAAGGGCCUCAAAAACACCCUUCAGUGCUCAGCAUCUUCCCUGAUUCGAUUCACACUCACGCCCAUCACACGGCCACUGCUGGGGCGCCCUGGCCCUGCAUGUUCACGAUGGUCGCUGCCCAUCCCCCAAGCCCUGGGCACCCCAGCUCUGCCGUCCCCCUCCCCCACCCCCUCACUUCCUCUGCUAGCUUCAAACACAGCGCCGCCCCCCCAGGUUCCCUCCUCGCCUGCAAAACAAAAAGGGUUGGGGGGCUGGGGCCCAGCACCCCACCUUGUCCUGCUCCCCUUCUCCAAUAAAAAUGAGGGUUCUAAAGUUG